AGGAGGCGAUCUGGCCUGCUGGUCUACCUGCGGCCUUCUGCAGCACGGGACCGGCAGGAUACUCUUAAGUGGAAAAUGGCGCUGUCAGCUCGGCAGAUUCAAAGAUGGUUCAACGUGCUGAAAAUGAGUAACGUUAGCACCACCCAACUCGGAAAACAAAUCGGGAGAUGGAGGAUGUCUCUGCGUGAGCUCUCGGCGCCUUUGCAACUGUCUUCUCACCACUGUGUCCUCCGGGGGCAAUUCAAGCCUUAUGGUACUACUUCCUUACGGAACAGUUCCCAGAUUUCCAGCUCUAACCCCCAAGACACUGCUUCUGGGCAAAGCACCUGUCUCCCUUCCAUUCAUGAAGAACCGCCAAAGAUGAAAAUAAUUCCCAACGUGGAUCCGGUGUUCUCACUAGAAGAGCUGGAGGAGUUGCCCCCACCGUCCCCGCUGGAUCCAGUUUCCGAGGAGGAAGCCGUGCAGAUUGAAGCAGAACCCCCGCUUCCUCCAGCUUCGUUCACGCUUCGAGAUUACGUUGACCGUUCCGAGACCUUGCAGAAGUUGGUGCAUUUGGGUGUUGAGUUAUACAAACUGGAAAAGCGUCGAGAUGUAGGCACCCUCCUCCUGAGACUGGAUUUUGAAAAAGACAUAAGAAAAAUACUUUUGUUUCUCAAGGAUGUGGGAGUAGAGGAUGACCAAGUAGGAAAAAUCCUGACCAAAAAUUACGCUAUUUUCACUGAAGAUAUAGAAGACCUGAAGGCCAGAGUAGCUUACCUAAAAUCAAAACAAUUCAGUAAGGCAGAUAUUGCACGAAUGGUCACAAAUGCCCCGUUUCUGCUAAGUUUUUCGGUGGAAAGAUUGGAUAACAGACUGGGCUUCUUCCAGAAAGAACUUAAACUAAGUGUACAAAAGACCAGAAAUCUAGUAAUUGAGCUUCCAAGCUUACUAACUGGAAGUCUUGAGCCUGUGAAAGAAAAUUUGAUCGUUUACCAAGUUGAACUUGGCUUUAAGCAUAAUGAGAUUCAACAUAUGAUAACUAGAAUCCCAAGGCUCUUAUCUGCAAGAAAAGGGAAGCUCAUAGAAAAUUUUGACUACGUGCAUAAUGUGAUGAAAAUUCCCCAGCAUUACAUUGUCAAAUUUCCAGAGGUGUUUACUACUUCGUUGCUGAAAAUCAAAGAAAGGCACCUGUUCCUCAGCUACUUGGGAAGAGCGCAGUACAACCCGGACCAGCCCAACUACAUCCCUCUGGGAAGACUGGUGUCCAUUCCCGACGAGGUCUUUUGUGAGGAGGUGGCCAAAGCCUCACUAAGUGACUUUGAGAAAUUCCUAAAAACGCUUUGAUUUUCAUCAACUGUUAAGGAAGCAAGAGUGAGAUGAAAUAAAUGCGUGGAAGUGCCUCGAUCCUAA